GAGAGACUAAAGAUAGAUCCACAUACAAACCAAUUUUGGUUUUCCUAAGCAGAGGAUUGAAUCCCCAUCAUCCCUAUUUUCAAUUUCAGAAAAUUUUUGGCAUUUCCAAAUUAAUAAAUUUUUCCCAUGGCUUCAAGUCUUACUAAUCCAUUAUUACUGGUGGGUGGUGUGGACAAGUCUGUUCCCAACUGUUACAACGCCAAAACCAUAACCAAACACUCUCUCUCAUCUUUCUUGAGUUCAAGUCCUCCUCCCUUUCCUCCUAGGGUUAGGGUUUCAAAAUUGAGGAACAACAAGAAGAGCAGAGGCCAGGAAGGGAAACUGAUAGUGAGGGCAGCAGGAGCAGAAAACAUGAGCACAACAACAACAACUACUGAGAAAUUGGGAAUUAAGAUUCAAAAGAACCCUCCUGAAUCCAAGCUCACCCAACUCGGUGUUAGAAAUUGGCCCAAGUGGGGAUGCCCUCCAAGCAAAUUCCCAUGGACAUACAGUAGCAAAGAGACAUGCUAUUUGCUCAAGGGAAAGGUGAAGGUGUACCCUGAUGGUAGUGAUGAGGCAGUUGAGAUUGGUGCCGGUGACUUUGUUGAGUUCCCGAAAGGAAUGAGUUGCACUUGGGAUGUCUCUGAGACGGUUGACAAGCACUAUAACUUCGAGUAAUAAUGCUCUACUACUAUUUAAGCAAACCCCUCACCCUACUAUUUUAGCCACAAAUUUAUCAAUAACAGUUGGCAUGGCGGCUCCAUGCUGGAGGAGUUCACCAGUAAACCAGGCAUGCAUCUCAUAAAUCUUAUCCCUCCAUUGAGAAAGGGGAAUGUCAUCAAACAAAAAGCCGUGGAAAGAGAUUGUGUCGUGUGUAAAUGUAUCAUGUGUCACUCGUACUUCAAGUAUGUGUCAUAUAUUUUGUUUACAUAUGCCUGUUUUUGGCCUCUCUCUACUCUAUCCAGUGAAUUCAAGUCAUUCCUAUGUUCUCUGUGA